GAGGAGGAAAUACCCGAAGACAUAUUAUUAGAAGCAGAAGAAGAACAAGUGGAAGAAGAAGAGGAGGUCGACGAAGAAACGUUAGCAAUGAGACGUGAAAAAUGGCAACCUUAUCUAGCUUAUGUUGACAAUUUAAUUUCCAAAGGUCUUAUUCAAGCGGUCUCCACUAGUAUUUGUUACAUACUUGACGAAACUGAUCCUGAAGGCGAUAUAUAUCCUUCAUUUGAAAUCCAAAUGUGUUUAGAGAAUCCUAAUAUCACUUUCCGACCAUCGGUGGAAUUAGACGAUCCGGAAGGUUUCUACAUUUUUUUCGAAUCACUUUUACUCGAUAUGAUGAAAAUGGGUAUCCUUAUACCACGUGUCGAUCCUGAAUUGCGCGAGAAGCAAGAGAAUUACGCGGUGGACGUUGCCGAAGAAAAAGGUAUCGUAUUUAUGUUAGAAGAAACUUGUAAUCGGGUUAAACUAGCCUUGACAGAAGUAAAAAAGCAUGCUCUGACAUACGAGAACUACACCUGGUUGUGGACAGACGAUAAGCAAGAAUAUUUGUCCUAUUUUUUGAAAUUCGCUCAAUACGUAUAUCCCGAGCAAAGGGAGAUGAUCGAACAACAUCCAGAAUAUCUUCCAGAAAAUUUGAAGGAAAAGAAGCCGGAUUUGAAAGACUUUAAACGGGAAAUUGACUAUUUCAAUGAUUUGUACGACGAGUGUGAUAAACUGCAAAACGAAGAGAUCCUUUGCCAAUGGUUGAGACUCGAUAUAAAGCCUUUCAAACAGUCUCUUUUAAACAUUAUUUGCAAAUGGUCCAACGUGCUCAAGGAUUAUUUGGUCAAGCGUAUUACCACUCAAUUGGAGGAAUUAGCGAAUUUUUUGAAAGCGGCAAUGGAAAAUUUCUCACGUCCCAUUCAGGAAGAUGAUUACGAAGGGCUUCUAGAAACCAUAUAUUAUCUAAAAGAAGUUAGAGAUCGCCAGUAUGAGAUCGAAGAUAUGUUCGAUCCUAUUAAGAAAACUAUAGAGCUUUUACAAAUUUAUAACGUGGUUAUAGACGAAAAAAUUUUCAAUUGGCUCACAGAAUUACCCGUCAGUUGGGAAACAUUAAAAAAAGUAGCCGCUCAAGUGAAACAUGUCGUACAACCUUUAAUGACUCGACAGAUCGAACUUUUGAAGAAGAGGCUAAGCUAUUAUGAUUUUAAACAACAACGUUUCUUGGAUGAAUUCCAUAAAGAAGAUAUUUUCAAUCCAGUGUGCAAGAAUCCCUACGAGAAAUUAAAUGAAUCACGCGAACAAAUUUUGAAAUUCCUGAGUGAAGAGGCAGAGUUGCAUGGCCAGAUUGCAAUUUUUGAGCAAGAAAUGCCUGAAUUUAAAAUAACGAAACAGAUACAAAAGGAGAUGCAACUUUUGAAAAUGGUUUGGGAUUACGUGAACGUGAUCGAGACGUCUCUGAACGAAUGGAAGAAAACCAUGUGGAAAAAAUUGGAUAUAGAAUGGAUGGAUCAAGAAUGUAAAAAAAUCCUUAGAGAAUUAAGACAAUUGGACAAAGAUGUUCGCCCUUGGGAAUUGUAUAACAACAUAGAAGCGGAAGUGCGAAACAUGAUGGCAUCAUUGAGAGCGGUCUCAGAAUUGCAGAAUCCAGCGAUUAGAGAUAGACACUGGAGAGAAUUAAUGGCUGAAACGAAGGUGGUAUUUAUCAUGACCGACACUACCACGUUGGAGGAUUUAUUAAAAUUGCAAUUGCACAAAUACGAAGAAGAAGUUAAAAAUAUCGUGGCUAAAUCGGUAAAGGAAAUGGCGAUGGAAAAAGUGUUGAAAGAAUUGCACGAUACAUGGAGCACUCUCGAAUUUGAUAAAGAGCUACACGAACGUACGAAAUUGUACGUUCUUAGAAUCGACGAGCAAACUAUCGAAACCCUUGAAGAGAAUCAGGUGCAACUACAAAAUAUGUUAGGCUCCAAAUUCGUUGGAUACUUCUUGGAGGAAAUUCUCGAUUGGCAAAAAAAAUUAAGCACAGCGGAUGCGGUGAUCAAUGCAUGGUUCGAAGUUCAACGGGCAUGGAUACAUCUCGAAAGUAUCUUCAUCGGUUCUGAAGAUAUUAGAAGCCAACUUCCGGAAGAAUCGAAACGAUUCGAAAAAAUUGACAAAGAGUUUAAAGAAUUACUGAAGGAAAUGAUGAGCAAUUUGAAUAUCAUAAAAGCAACGAAUCGACCAAAAAUUUUAGAGAAACUGGAAUAUUUAGAAUUUCAAUUAAAUCUUUGCGAAAAAGCUUUAGCAGAUUACUGAACAAAAAGAUUAAUUUACCCAAGAUUUUAUUUCAUUUCCGCGGCAGAUUUACUCGAUAUUUUAAGCAAUGGAAACGUACCUGAAUUAGUCUGCAGACAUUUGUCAAAACUGUACGAUUCUAUUGCAAAAUUAAUCUGGAAAAUGGAACACGACAAACCAACGAAACAAGCGAUAGUCAUGAUCGCCAAAGAUGGCGAACAUAUGGCUAUUUAUGGGAAUUGCGAUUGCAGUGGAAAGGUGGAGAUUUGGUUGAACAACGUGACAGAUGCGAUGAAAAGAUCCGUGAGGUUUCAUAUAUCUCAGGCUGUGUUCACUUACGACGAGAAACCACGAGAGCAAUGGAUUUUCGAUCAUCAAGCGCAACCCGCAUUAUGCGGUAGUCAAAUUUGGUGGACGACGGAGGUGAAUAUGGCUUUCACGAGGUUGGAGGAAGGUUUCGAAAACGCGUUCAAAGAUUAUCAGAGAAAGCAGAUAAAUCAGUUGAAUGCAUUGAUAACGAUACUCUGCGGAGAUUUGAUCGAAAGCGAUCGAAGAAAGAUCAUGACGAUUUGCACGAUUGACGUGCACGCGAGAGACGUCGUAGGGAAAAUGAUCACGAUGAAGGCGGAAAGCUCUUCCAGUUUCCAAUGGCAAUCCCAGCUAAGACACAGAUGGGACGACAAAGUUGGCGAUUGUUUCGCCGAUAUUUGCGACGCUUCGUUCAAAUACGAUUACGAAUAUUUGGGCAAUGUUCCACGAUUGGUGAUAACACCAUUGACAGACAGAUGUUACAUCACUUUAACGCAAUCCUUGCAUCUCAUAAUGGGUGGAGCACCAGCUGGCCCAGCUGGAACCGGGAAAACGGAAACCACGAAAGAUUUGGGAAGGGCAUUGGGCCAAAUGGUUUACGUAUUCAAUUGUUCCGAGCAAAUGGAUUACAAGUCUUGUGGAAAUAUUUACAAAGGCCUCGCACAAGUAGGGGCAUGGGGUUGUUUCGACGAAUUCAAUCGUAUUUCGGUGGAAGUAUUAUCGGUGGUUGCCGUGCAAGUGAAAUCGGUUUUAGACGGGGUGAAACACCGUAAACCGACAUUCUUAUUCUUUGGAGAGAUACUUAAUAUCGUCCCCACCGUUGGAAUGUUCAUUACCAUGAAUCCUGGUUAUGCUGGAAGGACGGAAUUGCCGGAAAAUUUGAAAACUUUAUUCAGGCCUUGCGCCAUGGUAGUUCCAGAUUUUGAUUUAAUUUGCGAGAUAAUGCUGGUAGCAGAAGGUUUUCAAGAAGCUAGAUUAUUGGCAAGAAAGUUUAUUACGUUGUAUCAGCUUUGCCGAGAACUUCUAUCGAAGCAAGAUCACUACGAUUGGGGUUUACGAGCGAUUAAGUCGGUUCUAGUAGUUGCUGGUAAAUUGAAGAGAGGCGAUCCCGAUAGAGCCGAGGAUCAAGUGUUAAUGAGAGCCCUCAGAGAUUUCAACAUUCCGAAAAUUGUGACGGACGAUGUACCCGUGUUCAUGGGCCUUAUCGGGGACUUGUUUCCUGCUUUGGACGUACCGCGAAAAAGAGAUUUCGAUUUCGAGAUGACGAUUCGACAGUCUAUCUUGGAUCUUAAAUUGCAACCAGAGGAUGGUUUUAUAUUAAAAGUUGUCCAGUUAGAAGAAUUGCUUCAUGUUCGUCACUCAGUUUUCAUCGUCGGAUUUGCCGGAACUGGAAAAACCGAAGUUUGGAGAACGCUUAAUCGAACGUAUUUUAAUAGUCAAUUAAAACCGUAUUACAACGAUUUGAAUCCGAAAGCUGUUACGAACGACGAACUUUUUGGUGUGAUCAAUCCAGCGACGCGAGAAUGGAAAGAUGGAUUGUUCUCCGUGUUAAUGAGAGAUCAGGCAAAUAUGACGGGACCCGAUCCUAAAUGGAUUAUUUUUGACGGUGAUAUAGAUCCAAUGUGGAUCGAGUCGUUGAACACUGUGAUGGAUGACAACAAAGUAUUGACUUUGGCUAGCAACGAGAGAAUCGCUUUAACCCCGUCCAUGAGACUUCUAUUCGAGAUUUCCAAUCUUAGAACUGCAACACCGGCUACCGUUUCCAGAGCUGGAAUUCUUUACAUAAAUCCCCAAGAUAUUGGCUGGUAUCCAUUUGCGAUUAGCUGGAUAGAAACGAGAGACCCAGCAGAGAGAGCGAAUUUAACCAUUUUAUUCGAUAAAUACGUGCCGACCCUGAUCGAAGUGACAAAAUAUAGAUUUAAAAAAAUUACGCCGUUACCAGAAAUCUGUCACGUCGAGAUGCUUUGUAAUUUGUUGGAUUUCUUUCUAGUUAAAGAGAAUGUAACACCUGAUUCUCCGAAGGAAUGGUACGAAUUGUACUUUGUUUUUGCGUGCAUUUGGGCAUUUGGGUCGGCCACUUUUCAAGAUCAAUUGAUCGAUUGGCGAAACGAGUUCAAUAAAUGGUGGCAAAAUGAAUUUAAAACUGUCAAAUUUCCCACCGGUGGAAAUGUAUUCAAUUUUUUCAUCGAAAGAACGAAAAAAUUGGUUCCUUGGACCGAAAAAGUGAAAAGUUUUGAAUUGGAUACUGAAAUACCGUUACAAAAUACUUUAGUCUCGACCGCUGAAACAGCACGUUUAUUCUUCUUCCUGGAUGUUUUUGUACAAGAACGUGUGCCAAUAAUGCUGAUAGGCGCAGCUGGAUCAGGAAAGAGCGUGAUCAUGGCUGAAAAACUUGCAGCUCUUCCUGAUACUUAUAAUAUUGCAAACGUGCCCCUUAAUUACUAUACCACAUCUGAAAUGCUGCAAAGAAUAAUGGAAACAUUGGAAAAAAAGACCGGUAGAAAUUUUGGGCCACCUGGUAUGAAAAAAUUGAUCUAUUUCAUCGAUGAUAUGAACAUGCCCGCAAUCGAUACUUAUGGAACCGUCCAACCUCACACACUCAUUAGACAACACAUCGAUUAUAAUCACUGGUAUGAUAGAACGAAAUUAACGUUGAAGGAAAUUCAAAAUACGCAAUAUGUAUCAUGUAUGAAUCCUACUGCCGGUAGUUUCACGAUUGAUCCUCGUUUGCAAAGACAUUUUGCCGUUUUCGCUGUUAGUUUCCCAACCGAAGACAAUUUAACAGUGAUCUACAGUCAAAUGUUGGAGCAACAUCUGAUGAAUCCUUUGAAUAAAUUUAACGUAGCGUUGCUAAAAGUUGCCGAUUCAUUGUUGCACGCAGCAUUGUUUUGUCACAACAGAAUUUCAUCGAUAUUUUUACCAACAGCUGUUAAAUUUCAUUAUCUAUUUAAUUUACGCGAUAUUUCAAAUAUUUUCCAAGGUCUACUUUUUGCAACCGGUGAAACUGUCCCAACAGUAAAUCAUUUGAUCAGAUUGUACGUUCACGAAGCUACAAGAGUAUAUUCCGAUAAAUUGAUCAGUGCCGAGGACAAAAAAGUAUUUCAACAAUUGCUAAGAGACUCGCUUCGUAAAAAUAUUGAUGAAUUGGAUGAAAAUUUUAUAUAUGCCGAACCACUAAUUUUUUGUCAUUUUGCCGAAGGGAUCGGUGAACCAAAAUAUAUGCCAAUAAAAGAUUGGCCGCAAUUAACGAAGUUAUUGGAUGAAGCUUUGGUUAAUUAUAAUGAAUUGAUAGCCGCGAUGAAUUUAGUUUUAUUCGAAGAUGCCAUGUAUCAAGUCUGUCAAAUAAAUCGUAUUCUGGAAGCACCAAGAGGAAACGCAUUGCUCGUAGGGGUUGGGGGAAGCGGAAAACAAUCUCUUUCUUGCCUUGCAUCUUUUAUUGCGGGUUUAGAAGUUUUUCAGAUACAAUUAAAAACAGGUUAUUCUAUGAUUGACUUAAGAACAGAUUUAUCCACUUUAUAUUUAAAAUCUGGAUUGAGAUCAAUUGGGAUUACUUUCUUAAUGACCGAUUCUCACGUUGCCGAUGAGAGAUUUUUAGUUCUUAUAAACGAUAUGCUUGCUUUUGGUGAAAUUUCGGAAUUAUUUGCGGAUGAUGAAGUGGAUAAUAUUGUGAAUGCAGUUCGAAAUGAGGUAAAACAAAGCGGUUUGGUGGAUACAAAAGAAAAUUGUUGGAAGUUUUUCAUCAAUAGAGUUCGAUAUAAAAUAAAAUGCGUUCUUUGUUUCUCCCCCGUCGGAACAACUCUUCGAAACAGAGCUAGACAGUUUCCAGCAAUCGUGAAUAAUACUUCGAUUAAUUGGUUCGAAGGUUGGCCGGAAGAUGCUUUAAAAUCCGUUUCCACCAGAUUUUUGGGGGAACUAGAAGACUUACCAAAUGAAUAUAAACCAUCGGCCUCUUUGUUCAUGUCAUACGUGCAUACUAGCGUUGACGAGGUUUCUUUGCUUUAUUUACACAAUGAGAGAAGGUACAAUUAUACGACUCCAAAAACAUUUUUGGAACAAAUUGCUUUAUAUUCGAAGCUACUCGUGGAGAGAACUUAUGAUGUGAAAUCCAUGAUCGAAAGAUUAAAUAAUGGAUUGGAUAAAUUAGAAUCUUGUGCUGGCCAAGUAAGCGAACUAAGAGUUGUCCUAGCAGUUCAAGAAGUCGAAUUGAAAAAAAAGAAUGAAAUUGCAGACAGAAUUCUUGCUGAAGUUCGAUUUGAGAAUACGAAAGCGGAAGCGGAAAAAGCGAUUGUGUCCGAGGAAGAGGCAAAAGUAGCGGAAAUAAAAGAAACAGUAGCUGAAAAACAGAGACGAUGCGAUGAAGAUUUAGCGAAAGCAGAGCCUGCAGUACGGCAAGCUGAAGCUGCUCUGGAUACGCUAAAUAAAAGUAAUUUAACGGAAUUGAAAGCUUUUGUAACGCCACCAGAACAAGUAGCGAUGGUGGUACAAGCUGUUUUAGUAUUAUUCUCUCCGAGGGGUGUAAUACCGAAAGAUAGAAGUUGGAAAGCGUGUAAAGCGAUGAUGGGUCACAUCGACACGUUUCUCUCGCAACUUCGUAAUUACGACAAAGAAAAUAUUCAUCCUGAAGUGGUGAAAGCUAUACAACCUUAUAUCAAUCAUAAAGAUUUUGACCCCGAGAUUAUUGUUACGAAAUCGUUAGCAGCUGCAGGUCUUUGCAGCUGGGUGAGGAAUAUAAUGGUUUUCCAUUAUAUUAAUGAAACUGUAAAACCAUUAAGAGCUGCGCUUGCACAAGCCAAUGCCGAGCUAAAAGCUGCUAUGGAUCAUUUGAAUGCCUUGAGAACUCGAUUAGCGGAAUUACAAAAAGUGCUCGACAUUCUAGGAGAAAGAAUGAAUGCAGCUUUAGCUGAAAAACAAAAAUGUCAAGAUGAAGCUGAUGCCACUGCUUUAACGAUCGAUCUCGCAAAUAGAUUGGUAAACGGUUUAGCAUCCGAGAAAAUUCGAUGGAACGAAGAAGUAGAAAUGUUGACGAAUUCAUUCGUAAUGGUGCCGGGCGAUGUUCUUCUUGUAACUGCAUUUUUAUCAUACAUGGGAUGUUUUACUCGGAAAUAUAGACAUGAUUUAAUGUUCGAUCAUUGGUUGCCGUUCUUGGAAAAGUUGGAAGUGAAAAUACCGAGAACUACCGAUUUAGAUAUCCUAGCUUUAUUGACCGAUGAUGCACAAAUUGCACAAUGGAAUAACGAAGGAUUACCAUCCGAUAGAAUGUCUUCCGAAAAUGCAACAAUUUUAAUGAAUUCAACAAGAUGGCCUCUAAUGAUAGAUCCACAGCUGCAAGGACUUAAAUGGAUAAAGAAUCGAUAUGGCGAAGAAUUACAAGUGCUCAGACUUACACAACCAAAUUAUUUGCAUUUGAUUGAAAUUUCUAUCGCGAAUGGUGGGAUUGUUUUAGUUGAAAAUAUAAUGGAAACUAUCGAUCCUGUUUUAGAUCCGGUUAUUAAAAGAGAUCUAAUAAAGAAAGGAAAGGCGAUAAAAAUUUGGGAUAAGGAAGUAGAUUAUAAUCCUCAUUUCCGGCUAAUUAUACAAACAAAGUUAGCUAAUCCUCAUUAUAAACCUGAAAUACAAGCACAAACCACUCUUAUCAAUUUUACCGUAACAAAAGAUGGUUUGGAGGAACAACUUCUAGGAGAUGUUGUGAAAGCCGAAAGGCCUGAUUUAGAAUCGAAAAAAGCUGAAUUAACUACUCAACAAAAUACCUUUAAAAUUACUUUGAAAGCAUUGGAAGACGAUCUAUUGCACAGAUUGUCGGCUGCGGGACCAGAUAUUUUGAGCGAUGUCGAUCUGGUAAUCAAUCUUGAAACCACAAAGAAAACUGCAGCAGAGAUAGAAAUAAAAGUAGCAGAAGCUAAAAUAACCUCGAUAAAGAUAGACGAAGCUCGAGAAAUUUAUCGUGUCGUCGCGGCCAGAGCCAGUCUUUUAUAUUUCGUUUUAAACGAUUUGUACAAUAAUAUGCUCUAUCAGUUUUCUUUGAAAGCUUUCAGCGUUGUCUUCCUAAACGCUAUUAAAUUCGCAGAAGCUUCGGACGAAAUAUCUAAACGCGUGGAUUUCUUAAUCGAUAGUAUUACUUUUCUAGUUUUCACUUACACAAGUAGAGGUUUAUUUGAAGCUGACAAAUUGACUUUCCUCACUCAAAUGACUAUUCAGAUUUUUAUGGAAGCAAAAGAAAUAACACAAUCGGAACUUGAUUUUCUAUUAAAAUUUCCACAUAUGGUCGAUUUAGUCAGCCCUGUAGAUUUUUUAACAGAUGUUGGCUGGGGUGGAAUCAAAUAUUUGAGUCAAAUGGAUGAUUUUCAAAAUUUAGAAAAAGAUAUAGAAGGUGCUGCGAAAAGAUGGAAAAAAUUUGUGGAAUCGGAAACACCGGAACGAGAAAGUUUUCCACAAGAUUGGAAAAAUAAGACUGCUCUUCAAAGAUUAUGUAUCAUGAGAUGUCUUAGAUUAGAUCGUAUGACUUAUGCAAUCAGAUGUUUCGUGGAAGAAAAACUUGGUUCAAAAUUUGUUGAGUCCAGAUCUCCUCCUUUUCAUAAAUCCUUUGAAGAGAUGAGUUCUAUCACGCCUGUAUUUUUCAUUCUCUCUCCUGGUGUUGAUCCUUUAAAAGACGUAGAAAAUUUGGGAAUACAAUUAGGUUUCACUUUCGGAGGUAGAAAUUUCCAUAAUGUAUCACUGGGUCAAGGUCAAGAACCCGUGGCUGAAGAAGCAUUAGAAUUAUCGGCUCGUGAAGGUCAUUGGGUAAUUUUACAAAAUAUCCAUCUUGUGAAGAAAUGGUUACCUGAUCUGGAAAAGAAAAUGGAACAAUGUGCAGAGAGUCCUCAUGAUGAUUAUCGAUUGUUUAUCAGCGCGGAACCAAGUGCAGAUCCUCACGAAUCAAUAAUACCUCAAGGUAUAUUGAAAUCACCAUAAAAAUUA